UCCAUUCAAACCGUGUUGAUGUUAGGUUAUGUUAUGGUUUCGCCACCAACGUGAAAUAUUUUAAAUAAUGGAUUUUUGGAAAGACACUCUGGGAUGCCCAACAAAAAUAGUAGCCCCAAUGGUGGAUGCCAGUGAAUUGCCAUGGAGGAUACUCAGCAGGAGAUAUGGUGCUGAAUUGUGUUACACUCCAAUGCUACACAGUGCCAUAUUUUGCAAAGAUCCAAAGUACAGGAAAGAGGCAUUAGCUUCAUGUGAUGAAGAUAAACCUCUUAUAGUCCAGUUUUGUGGCAAUGAUGCAAAUAUAUUAUUGGAAGCUGCCAAAUUAGCCGAGGACUAUUGUUGUGCAAUUGAUAUUAAUUUAGGAUGUCCACAAGCCAUUGCAAAGAGAGGACACUAUGGAUCUUUUUUGCAAGAUGAAUGGCCCCUCUUAGAAGAGAUAGUAAGUACACUUUCAAAAAAUUUAAGAGUACCUGUUACAUGUAAGAUAAGGAGAUUAGAUACAAAAGAAAGAACCAUAGAAUAUGCCAAAAUGUUAGAGAAAGCAGGGUGUAAAAUGUUAACUGUUCAUGGAAGAACAAGGGAGCAAAAAGGUCCUUUGACUGGAGUAGCAGAUUGGAGUUUUGUGAAAGCAGUAAGAGAAGCUGUUAAAAUACCUGUCAUAUCAAAUGGUAACAUACAGUGUAUGCAAGAUGUUUUGAAAUGUCUAGAAGAGACAGGUGCUAAUGGUGUAAUGACUGCUGAAGGAAAUUUAUACAAUCCUGCUUUAUUUAUGUAUGACAAUCCAACUUCAUGGAAGCCUGCUUUAGAGUAUUUGGAUUUAGUUGAUUUAUAUCCAGCUCCCUUGUCAUAUAUAAGGGGUCAUUUAUUUAAAUUAUUUCAACAUAUUUUAUCUAUUCCUUCAAAUAAUGAAUUUAGAAUUAGAUUGGGUGCUGCAAAUACAAUGGAGAAAUUCAGAUCUAUAAUACAUGAAUUAAAAGACAUGUAUGAGCCAUAUCAUGAAGGUUUAAAAACUUGGAAUGAUACAGUUGAAAAAGAUACUCAAAAUUUAAUACUUCCACCUUGGUUAUGUCAAUCAUAUGUUAGAGAUACACCUGAAAAUCAUAUUAAGAAAAUAGAAGAAAUGCAACAAGAGCAAAAGAACCUUUUGAGAGAGUGUAAAAGGCAAUAUGAAGAUGGUGACGGAAAUCUUAUUAGCAGAAAAAAAAUGAAAAAAUUAAGACGGAUAAAUAGGCGUCCUGAAAAGCCAUUAGACACUCCAGAGAGACCAAUGGAUAAGUGCAGUAUUUGUUUAACAAAUCCAUUGGGUUCCAAAUGUGGUUAUAAACUAUGUAAAAAGUGCUGUAAAGACAAAUGUUUUACUGAAAAUUUGGACUGUCCAGGUCACAGAAUUUUAGUUAAAACCAGACGGCAAUUAGCGAAAUUGUAUGCAAAUCAAGGUAAACCUAAGAAAGAAAAUAUUAUUGUUAAUAUACCAUAACCAAUAUAUUUUGGUUUGAA